GCGGGACUCCGGAGAGAUCCCCGUGAGCUGAGCGAGAGUCUUUGUGUGAAGAGGGAGGAGGUGGCAGCGGCGACUCCCUGGCCUGGAAACCCUGCCGGGGGAAGCGAGGCAGGAACAAUGCUAGCCUGCCUGACCCGGGGGAACUUGCUGGACGUCCUGCAGGAGGGCUUCAAUGAGCAACAGCUGCAGGCAUAUGUGGCCUGGGUGAAUGCACAGCUGAAGAAGAGGCCGGCGGUGAAGCCAGUGCAGGACCUGCGACAGGAUCUCCGGGAUGGAGUGGUCCUGGCCUACCUCAUCGAGAUUGUUGCAGGUGAAAAGCUGAGUGGGGUACAGCUGCAUCCCAGUAACCAACAGGAGAUGAAAAGUAAUGUGGAGAAAGUGCUUCAGUUUGUAGCCUCCAAAAAGAUCCGCAUGCACCAGACUUCUGCUAAAGAUAUUGUGGAAGGCAACCUCAAGUCUAUCAUGAGGCUGGUGCUUGCCCUGGCAGCUCACUUCAAACCUGGCUCUAGCAGGAUGGUGAGCCAAGGUCGGGACUCCAGCACUCCUCUGCAGAGUCACCAACCACACUGUGCCACAGCUGUGGCCCAGGGGGCAGCAGCUGCCCUGGCCGACGUGUGUCAUGACAUGUCCCGGUCAGGACGAGACGUCUUCCGGUACAGGCAAAGGAACAGCAGCGUGGACGAGGAGAUUGAGAAUCCGUACUGGAGCGUGCGAGCCCUGGUGCAGCAGUACGAAGGGCAGCAAAGGUCCCCAUCAGAGUCCAGCUGCUCCAGCCUGACUUCACCCAGUCCAAUCCACAGUGCAAAGAGUGAAUCCAUUAUAACCCAGGCGGAGGAGAAGGCAGAUUUUGUGAUUAUUGCUUCUGAUGGAAUAGAGAACAGAACAGAGGAGAUCGAUUCUCCAGUGUCUCGGGGAGACUGGCGACCUGAGAGCCCAGGACCCUAUCUGGAGAGCUCAUGGGAAGAACAACUGUUGGAACAACAAGAGCAUUUGGAAAAAGAAAUGGAGGAAGCAAAGAAAAUGAUAUCAGGACUACAGGCCUUACUACUCAUGCUACCAUCUGAUCUAACUAUAUUUGGUUUGCAGAAGGAGCUGCUGAAAUGUAAACAAGAAGCAAGGAACUUGCAGGGGAUUAAGGAUGCCUUGCAGCAGAGACUGACUCAGCAGGACACAUCUGUGCUUCAGCUCAAACAAGAACUCCUGAGGGCAACUAUGGACAAAGAUGAGCUGCACAACCAGAAUGUGGAUUUGCAGAGGAAGCUGGAUGAGAGGAACCAGCUUGUGGGAGAAUAUAAAAGAGAGCUGGGGCAGAAGGAUCGCCUCCUUCAGCAGCACCAGGCCAAGCUGGAAGAAGCACUUCGGAAACUCUCUGAGGCCAGUUACCAGCAGGAGCAUCUAGAGCGGGAGCUGGAACACAAAGACGUCCUCUUGGCUCACUGUAUGAAGGGCGAGGCAGAUGAGGUCAUCAGCUAUAACAGCCACAACUCUCAAAGCAACGGGUUCCUCCUUCCAGCGCCAGGAAAAGGAGCUGCUUCGAGUACGCACCGAGGGACCAGUGAGCUGCAGCUGGUCCGGGACGCUCUCCGCAGCCUGCGCAACAGCUUCAGUGGUCACGACCCACAGCACCACACCAUCGACAGCCUGGAGCAGGGCAUCUCCAGCCUCAUGGAGCGUCUGCAUACCGUGGAGACCCAGAAGAAACAAGAAAGGAGGGUUCGGGGCAAGUCACCCAGAACUCAAGGAGGCAGUGAAUACCGGGAGUCUUGGCCCCCUAAUUCAAAGUUGCCUCACUCACAGAGCUCUCCAACGCUCAGCAGCGCCUGCACUAAAGUGCUCUAUUUCACUGACAGGUCACUUACUCCCUUCAUGGUCAAUAUACCUAAGAGGCUAGGCGAGGUGACGCUGAAGGAUUUUAAAGCAGCUAUUGACCGGGAAGGGAAUCACCGAUAUCACUUCAAAGCACUGGAUCCGGAGUUUGGCACCGUUAAAGAGGAGGUUUUCCACGAUGAUGAUGCCAUUCCUGGAUGGGAAGGGAAAAUUGUGGCUUGGGUAGAAGAAGACCAUGGAGAGAUUUAAUGCUGGUUGUUAGAUUGGGGCCAUGUGGAACUUGGCCCCUCCCUGGCAGCUUCACUCAGGAAAGGGGACUAACAUCAGAAUACUUAGAAGUUUCUAGUUCAUGUUGCCAAAACAGGAGCUUCGCCAUGCGUAGUGGCCACAGGCCAGUCCUGUUUCUGUGCCUGGCAUAUUUGGUACUUAAAAUCCCCAUCCAAAUGUAGACCAUGGGUUCUUCUGGAGUUCCUUGUCCGUGGGAACGCAGUGUUUUGGUUUACACUGAGGACAACAAACCGGAGGCCUUAACUAAUGGGGAUGGAUGAUCCCGCCCAUUUAGGGGCAUGGCUGCUAUUUUCUGGAAUCUGGGACUUGGAUACAUCAUUCCUUUGUGUUAUGGUAUUAUUUUAAUUGGCCUUGAUGUUUGCAGCAACGAGUCCCAGCAUCUACUCACAGACAGAACAAAGGUACCAGCUUUUCUGCUUCCUUGCAGCUACUGCAAACCACGAAUAACUCAUAAGGUGGUACCAAAGCUGAAGGCCCUGCCCUUCAUUCAUCUUUUGGACUGGACAUGGAUGGUGCUCAAGUGGAAUGGAAGGAAAAAGGACUACCCAUGUUGACUGCAUGGACAAAGGGCUGCUCAUGUUGUGCUAUACUAGCCUCAAAACCAUAAUUAAGACUUUAGGAUGACUCUCAUGUCUUAACUGGUCCUGUAAUUUUGUCCUUUGGCCCAUGCAGGGCAUAAUUCAUGUACUGCUAGUUCUCUCUGGCGACUCUCUAACUUUAGAGCCAUUUCAUCUUUUUUUGCAGCUGAUGAGCUUUGUGUUUGAAAGGAGUAAAGAGUAAGUGAGAAGCUCCUUAAAGAUCCAGGCGGGUAUGGAAAAAGGGGCUGCUACCCCUAUCUUCUUGACUUUCUGUGUCUCGUCUUUUGCCAGCAGGCUCAUGGCAUCUCCUUUGCAGUCAAAAGGAGGCAGAUCAUUGAUUUUGUGUUUCUUUGUGAUUUAUGAGUAUUCAGCAUGAAUGACGGACUGGUCUUUCCUCUUGUCAUUUCAAGGCCAGGCGUUCUUUUCUAUGAUUAUUUAGUAUAGAUUGAUCCUUUAGGGUACACUAGAAACCAUGGGGCAUGGAGCAUGAGUUAUGAAUGGCAGGGUUGAUUCUGGGUGAAAACAACCAGAAUCCUUUUUCAUAUGCAACAUUGUCAAAUGUAGAAACUAAGAGUGUAACUUGCAGCAAUUACUUGUAACCUAGGUUUUUUCCUUCACCCUCUUAAAGUGUCUAUCAACCAAUCAGCCAUAAUUACACACGUAUUCCCCAAAGCAGUCUGCCUGUGAUCACCGUCGUACACUGCCAAUCUGAAGAGUCGGACUGACCAGUUCUGGGUUCUUGACCUGUCUCCAGUUCAUCUUCCAUUCCAGCCAUUUCGACAGACGACUCUGUGCUCUGAGAUGAUGACAUCUUGUUUUAUAUCGGUGUGUCUUUUUAAACAGCUCAAUGUUUGGAGACUUCUUUUGUACUCAUUUGCUUUUUGUCUGAGAACCAUGUCUAUUUUUAUAACUUGAAUGUGAGUUCUGUAUACUGUAUCCAUUUUCUAGAGAACCCAGUAGCUUUUGUACCGGUUCUUCUUACCACCCCCUGUGGUGUCAGAACAAGCUUUAUUUUAUUAUGAGUGUAUUGAUAGCAAACGAGUCCUGUUCCAGUUGUAACCUGCCAGUUUUAGUUGUGGAGGUAAUGUUAUGUAAUCCAUGUGAUUAGAAGGCAGAAGGAGCUCAAAAGACACCUGAAGUUCUUUUAUUGUAUGUUUACCUAAUAUUCUUGCUGUUAAAGAAUUUCUCAUUGGAAAUGCCAGAAGUCAAUAGCAAGAAUAAUUCAUCGUGAAAGCAAACAAGAAAAGUGUCACCUGCUUUUGUUUUCCUCUAAUAAGUCUGGAGAGUCUUCACGUCACAUAUUCCUUUAUUGCAUGUAUUGUAUUGUUUUGCUAUAAAACAGCAUGAGAAUUAUCAAGCCAACAUUUUGUUACUGUGUUUCCAGUGCAGAUUAUCUUGCAGGUCUGUCUCCUAAAUGUGGUUUUGCUUGUCAGUUUUCUUUCAGCAAACAGGCCUACUAUUAUGCGGAAUUAAACUUUUCAGAGAAAAUUGAAUCAGAAAAUUUCUAGGUCCUCUAUGUUAUUUAUUAUAUAGGUACCUCUGUGUCCUUUGGGAAGACGCUUCCUGGUCUCAAUCCCUCCAUUGCAAGCUGAAGUUGAGUUCAGGGGACAAGCUCCCCUCCCAUCCCCUUUAAGCUGGUGUAGCACGGGUAAACCUACUGUGUGCUUUCGUGUCAAAUGUGCUGGUGAUCCUCAUUCCAGUUUCUACAGGGAGAGGAGCCUUCUGAGGAGGACACUCAUGAACUAGUGGUUCUGAAGUCUGAGGUGAGGCCCUGUGGCUUCACUCCAGGAGCCCUCUUGAUGUAUUCUGCAUAUUGUCCCCUAGAGGAGUUCAUGGAUUAGUCUAGCUUAAUACUGCUGAUAUUCCCGUUCCUGGAGAAAAUUAAGGAACUAGAAUGUUUACCAAGAAUUCAUAAAAUGAUCUCGCAACCGUUUUGGAUUGAAAAAUAAAUGGCCCACUCCGAGAGAUUAGGAGAAAUUCCUUAAAACGUUGUCUUGAGAACUGAUGUUCUUGCUCAGUUCCCUCAAUUUGAGGGGAGUGGAAAACUUCAUAGUUUGCAUUUAAAGAAUCUGGGUUAAAUUUGCUUUGCACUGGCACGCCUAUAUACUUACCUUCUUGACCAUGAUGGAUAUAAAUUAUGGAAACUGCAGUACAUCCAAUCUGAGAGGCUUCUAAUUACUAAAAAGCACUUAAGUUAUAGUUAUUAUUUUCAUCUUUUUCUAUAAAAUGAGCAUUAUGAUUGCACACUACUAUGUCUGAAUUUAUGUUAGAGGUAUCGCUUGCUUAAAAUAUAUAUGUAAAGUUAUAUUUUCUUAGAAACAUGGAGGUUUUCAACCAUUGCUUUCCAAGAGACUUGUGUAUUCUCCUUGUUUUAUGCUGUUUUCAUAGACUGUUAUAACAAAGGUUUCUGAUUAUCGAAGUGAUAACCAGUUUCAACUGCCUGUAUGUACCAGAGAUUUGUGUACUAAUUAAAAACAAAAACUGCAAAAAACCAAACCUGAAUAAAAUGGAGUUUGCAAACUAAA